UAAGUCAGCUCAGGCCACUUAUUCAAAACUCGAGGAAUUUUUUGGGAAAAAAAAAUCCGAGUUCAUUUUCCAUCCCUAAAUUUGCACCAAUUUCUUCAUUAUUAUGCUGCUAAUUUUAUUCACACACCAUUGUUUUCCAUUCAAUUUCUUAAAUUAAUUUCAAAUUUUCUCUUUCUUCUUCAAUGGCAGAUGCUAUUCGAUUAUCUUCUUGCAAUUCCCUUCGAUUUUCCGCGUCUUUGCUCACUUCAUUCAAUAAUUGGCACCCAGUUAAUCGUAAUUCCUUUGAAAUUGGUAGUAAAGUCGUUGAUUCUGCUUUUGUUUCUGUUGCUCCUCUUUCCUUCAAACCCAGAAAGCGACCUUCUUCAUUCAAGGUGCAUGCUGUUGUUGCGGAAGCGAUCGAUCAACCAAAAUGGUGGGAGAAGAAUGCAGGACCCAAUAUGAUUGAUGUUCAUUCCACUGAGGAGUUUUUGGGUGCACUAAAAGAAGCUGGAGAUAGAUUAGUAGUUGUUGAAUUCUAUGGAACUUGGUGUGCUUCUUGCCGUGCUUUGUUUCCAAGGUUGUGCAGAAUGGCUGAAUCACAUCCAGAGAUAUUGUUUAUAAAGGUUAAUUUUGAUGAGAAUAAGGCAAUGUGCAAAAGUAUGAAUGUGAAGGUGCUUCCUUACUUCCAUUUCUAUCGUGGAGCUGAUGGAAAGGUGGAAGGGUUUUCUUGUUCACUCGCUAAGUUCCAGAAAAUAAAGGACACCAUUGAAAUGCAUAAUCCAGCUCAGAACGACAGCGUGGGGAAAAUUGAUCCUCCAGCCAAUGUAGAUGAUAAAUUAGCAAAAUCUGAUGACACAUAAAACCCCUUUGCUCACUAUUUGUUUAUACAGGGUUUACGUGUAAAUCUAGUAUCUUCCAUCUAUCGUGUUGAUAGUACAUAUGUAUAUUUGCAGUGUUCUAUUGUAAUCUUGGUCAUUCGUAUUACUCGUCACAACUUGAACGUGGUAAUUUGUAUCACGCAAGUGGAAAAUUUCUUGCUUCAGAUACAGAUUCACGAGCAAAUUAAUAUGAAGCAUGUUUAAUUGUAAUAGUCAUUGAACUAAUUAAGAUUGAAAACAUUAGUUAUAUUUAGAGCUA